GUGAGCACUCUUUUGGCGCUGACACGUUUGUCACUCUACACUGAAAUAUGGAGAUGGUUUCCUAUGAAGAGGAUCCUGAAUUCUCAAUGGUGUAUGAAAACUUCAGUGAUGUUUCAGACAGGAAAGCUGCGUUAAAGAGCCCCUCUGCUGAAGACAAAAAAGGGACUGCUGCAGAACCUGAAACAGGAGUAAAACUUCGCCGGCUGGUUGUUGUGGGCCUUGGACUCAUGUGUAUUGUACAAGCUGCUCUCAACAUUUCCCUGCGUCUUGCACACUUUUCACAGUAUAAUUCCCUGUCUGAGGAGAGAGACAAGUGUAAGAAGAUCGUCAGCGAUGUUGAGUCCAACUUGACCAAAGUGAGAGAAAAGUUGCAAAGGACCAUCUCUGAUGCCGAGGCCACCAACAAAAACCUGACUGGACAGAGUGAUGAGCUGAAGAGGAAGCUGAAGGAUUUAGUUUCCCUGAAUAAUUCUCUGACUGAAGAGAGGGACGAGUGUAAGAAGAUCAACCUUGAUGUCGAGGCCUCUAACAAAAACCUGACUGAACAGAGAGAUGAGCUGAAGAGGAAGCUGAAGGACCUAGUUUCCCUGAAUAAUUCUCUGACUGAAGAGAGGGACGAGUGUAAGAAGAUCAACCUUGGUAUAGAGGCCCGAUUCAGAAAUCUGACUGAAGAGAGAGAUGAGCUGAACAGAACUGUCUAUGGUAUAGAGGCCCGAUUCAGAAAUCUGACUGAAGAGAGAGAUGAGCUGAACAGAACUGUCUAUGGUAUAGAGGCCCGAUUCAGAAAUCUGACUGAAGAGAGAGAUGAGCUGAACAGAACUGUAUAUGAUGUCGAGGCCUCUAACAAAAACCUGACUGAACAGAGAGAUGAGCUGAAGAGGAAGCUGAAGGACCUAGUUUCCCUGAAUAAUUCUCUGACUGAAGAGAGGGACGAGUGUAAGAAGAUCAACCUUGGUAUAGAGGCCCGAUUCAGAAAUCUGACUGAAGAGAGAGAUGAGCUGAACAGAACUGUCUAUGGUAUAGAGGCCCGAUUCAGAAAUCUGACUGAAGAGAGAGAUGAGCUGAACAGAACUGUCUAUGGUAUAGAGGCCCGAUUCAGAAAUCUGACUGAAGAGAGAGAUGAGCUGAACAGAACUGUCUAUGAUGUCGAGGCCUCUAACAAAAACCUGACUGAACAGAGAGAUAAGCUGAAGAGGAAGCUGAAGGACCUAGUUUCCCUGAAUAAUUCUCUGACUGAAGAGAGGGACGAGUGUAAGAAGAUCAACCUUGGUAUAGAGGCCCGAUUCAGAAAUCUGACUGAAGAGAGAGAUGAGCUGAACAGAACUGUCUAUGGUAUAGAGGCCCGAUUCAGAAAUCUGACUGAAGAGAGAGAUGAGCUGAACAGAACUGUCUAUGGUAUAGAGGCCCGAUUCAGAAAUCUGACUGAAGAGAGAGAUGAGCUGAACAGAACUGUCUAUGGUAUAGAGGCCCGAUCAGAAAUCUGA